UGUAGCAAAGCUGAAACCCAUGAGUGCUCUAAAACAAAGGCAGGAUAAGAAGCCAUCGCUGUUUUUACCGGCUGAAUUCAAUAAGUGCUGUUUUCCAGAUUUAAUUGCAGGUACAGGUUACUGCACCAAAGAAACUGUAGUUGGAACCGUUUUGCUUGCUGUUAAGAGAGGCGGAUUUGCUCCAACAUCUCCUGGUGUCUUUCCUCUGUACCGUCUGCCAGAAGUCUUCAUUGACCUGCCUACGGGACCUUCUCCGUAUUAAAGAACAUUUUCCUGUUGCCCUGGUGACACUCCAGAGGGAAGUUGAUCUGCAGGUCUCCCUUCAGAAGAACUCUGUGGCUCCUCCAGCAGAAGAAACAUGUGCUAAAAGAGCAUCUGUAUGACACAUCUGGUUGGCUUUGACUCUAGAAGAUGAGCAAUGAGGACGAGUUUUACGACGCCUCCACAGGCCUGGAUUCAGACGAGUCGUGCGAGGGGGUGUCGGAGGCCAUUUUCGAAGAUGCAGAGAGUGUCGACUGUAGCAGUCGAAAGAACAAUGGAUCAGUACCGCAGGAGAACGGCAUCAAGAAACACAGGACAUCUUUACCUGCACCCAUGUUUGCUAGAAAUACUGUUAGCGUCUGGGGUAUCCUGAAGAAAUGUAUUGGACUGGAACUGUCCAAGAUCACGAUGCCUAUCGUCUUCAACGAGCCUCUGAGCUUCCUGCAGAGAAUCACAGAAUACAUGGAACACACUUACCUCAUCAACAGAGCCUGUUCGCUGUCCGACUCCACAGAACGCAUGCAGGCAGUAGCUGCUUUUGCUGUGUCAGCGGUUGCGUCUCAGUGGGACAGAACUGGAAAACCCUUCAACCCCCUGCUGGGAGAGACCUUUGAACUUGUCAGAGAGGACCAGGGUUUCCGGCUAAUAUCAGAGCAGGUGUCCCAUCAUCCUCCAGUCAGUGCCUUCCACGCAGAGAGCCUGGCCGGGGAUUUCGUCUUCCACGGCUCCAUCUAUCCCAAACUCAAGUUCUGGGGCAAGAGUGUUGAGGCCGAGCCCCGAGGAAUCAUCACACUAGAGCUACUUAAGUACAACGAAGUGUACACAUGGAGCAACCCUCACUGCUGCGUGCACAACAUCAUCCUGGGAAAGCUUUGGAUAGAGCAGUAUGGCACAGUGGAAAUAGUGAACCACAGCACUGGAGACAAGUGUGUGUUGAAUUUCAAGCCGUGUGGGUUGUUUGGCAAAGAACUGCACAAAGUAGAGGGACACAUCCAAGACAAGAGCAAAAAGAAGCUCUGCGUGAUCUACGGGAAGUGGACCGAGUGCAUGUGGAGCGUUGACCCGCAGACCUACGAGGCAUACAAGAAGUCGGACAAGAAAGGAGAAACCAAGAAACAAAAAAAUGAAGAGCCGGAGAGAUCGGAGAACGACGAUGCGGACGACAUGCCUGAGGUCCAAGAGACGGUGUCCGUCAUCCCGGGGAGCACUCUGCUGUGGAGGAUAGACUCCAGACCAGCACACUCGGCCAAGAUGUACAACUUCACAAACUUUGCAAUGUCUCUGAAUGAGUUGGAGCCCGGCAUGGAGGCCGUCCUGGCCCCCACCGACUGCCGCUUCAGGCCCGACAUCAGAGCCAUGGAGAAUGGAAACAUGGAUGAAGCCAGUAAUCAGAAGGAGCGACUGGAGGAAAAACAGAGAGCCGCCAGAAAGGAGAGAGCCAAGCAGAGCGAGGAGUGGUCCACCAGCUGGUUCCAGUCGGGCACCAACCCUUUCACCGGCGCCCAGGACUGGAUCUACACCGGCGGCUACUUCAGCAGGAACUACAAGAACCUGCCCCAAAUCUACUGAUCGCCUGCCAGCCUUCAUCGUUCUCCUCUUCCUCGCCUGCGAUGGUCUGCCUGUUGUCACGCAGAGAAAAACGACGAGACUUCACACACACCCAACUCUACUGCCUUCAUCCGUUCUUGCCUCCAAACGACCAGCAAGUGUCUUUCAUCUCCUCUGCCCAGCACUGUCUAGAGCACAAUAGUCAUAUUUUUCCCGACCGGCCCCAGCUGCCAGCUCUGAGCGGCCCACAGCAUCGCCGGUCCAGUCCCAAUCUUUAAAAAUGUCUCUGCAAUCAGACUCUCUGAGGAGCUGCUGGUGAACCGCUGGGCGGCUGCUCGUCUCCCAUCAAAUAAAUAAGUACAAAAUAAUAUUACAGAAAGCAUAAACGACACAAUAAGUUCUUUGUGGAAGAGAACGGACAUCCAGUCAACGAGGAAAUCAGGGAUGUGAAUGUUCCUUCGACUGAAGACACGUUUCGGAUGCUUCUCCUCUUGUAGAGACUCGGUUGUAGCUCCAACGGCGGUUAAAUUGGGAAAAAACCAAUCAAAAGCAGGCGACAGCUCAUUACUGAUACCGUCUUAUUACUCUAAAAUAUACAUAUAUCUUUUUGUUGUUACUCUCUCUUUAACAUUCAAUUAAUCAAUCUAAAUGAAACGUCUUCAAAAAGUGGAUUUUUCUUCAAAAGCAGAGCAGAAUGUAACUCUAUUGUCUGGAAAUGUAUAAUGUAGUUCCUAUGUAUGUAUGUGUGUGUGUGUGUGUGUGUGCGCGUGUUUAUAAAAGGUUUUAGUUUUACUAACCGGGAAAACAAGUGUAUGAUAUGAUCAACCAUGUGCACUUAUAAAUGUGAAUUCAUUUUGUGCAAGUUUAUUAUUAGAAAAAGUAGCGGUGACCUUCGGUUUAGACACAUGGAAGUGCAUUAUGGGUAAAUUCUGCUGUUUGCUCGGACGUCACUGAUAUUUUUUUUCAUAUUCAAACAGACUUCACUCAAGAGCACAGCAUUAAAUAUUUGUUUCUUUCA